GGAUCCCACCUUUGAAGCGCGUGUCGCGUUCCGGAAGGCGGGGCUCUGAUAAUCGGGCACCGGACUCAGUCAAAGGCCAUAUUUGCAAUCUGAUGCCCGACACCGACCUCGAACAUGGAUGAGCCGCAAGACCACAAGAUUGCCGACCAAGCUGCCGAAGCGCCCUCUUUGCUAUUCUCAGACGACGAGCAGCGCGUCCUGGCGCUCUACGAUGAACUCCGCGACCUUGAGGUGAAGGUUGCCCUCAUCAAGGCACAGCAAAGCUACGCCCCAGAUGUCCCAGUACAAAAUACCAAAGAGAAUGUGCGACAGACACAACAGGACGCGGCAAAGGCGCGUGCCAGAUGGCUGCUGAGGAACGACAUCACAGACAACGUUAUCACGGCCAACCCGAUCCUCAAAGCGGUCCAUGGCAGCACGCAAUCCACGCCGAUUGAAUCUGAUCUCCUCCCUUACGUCCGCGCCCGCGACGCUGCCUCCAUCGCGCUUUCCAAGACAUCCUCCGACAUCCGUUCCGCUGUCGAUGAGCUCACCGAUGUCGAGGCCGAGAGCCUGCGCGUGGGCCGGCGCAACAUCGGGCUAGCGGCCGAAGUGCUGCGGCUGGCCACAGAGACGGAGAUGAGGCGAACGGGCGAGACGGACGACCCCGCUGUGCAGGCAGAGAUGGCCCGGCUGCAGGUUGAGCUUAAAGCCAGCAGGCAACGGUGGAAGGUUAUGAAGGGCACAGCUAGUGCCGUGGUCGUUGGCAGCGGCGUCGACUGGGCGAGAGAUGAGGUGCUGACGGACAUCGUGUUGGAUCCUGAGGAUGAGCGAUGAGGAAGGUCUUAAGUCAGAAGGACAUCGGCAGAUGUCCUCCCAGGUCGAGUGCAUUUGGACUGACGGCUCAACUAUGUCUCGAUUCUAUGGGAUGGCCAAGCACGCGCUAGACGGCAUGAUCCUGAGGCUGACUUGUAGUUGAUGAAUGGGCUCGGCUUGUACCACGCCGACAACCAAGGCCGUCUACCGUCCAAGACGACACGCAACGGUGAGAGUCACGCAACGUGAACGGUCUGUCAGGGGAAAGGGAUAAUGUUCGAACCGCCGGUAACCAUCGAUCGAUACCGAGGAGUCAACAACAUUUGCUUCAGUUCGCGAUGCACAGCACGUAGGAAGAUACGCCGGUACGGCCCGUCUCAGGCAAGUCACGAUGGCGAGAAACGCGAGCUGGCCAGCCCAGAUGGCAAACUCCGGAUCACGGGGCACUGCCCUGUCCUGCGCACGAUCGAUCAACCACCGUCCAUUCUCAAUUGCACAGCAAGGACAGCACUCUGCCAGACACUGCAUCGGCAGUUGAAGAAUCAUGUUUGGUCACCAAGCUCGCGGCCCCUGCCGUUCUCCACACGAUCCUCGCCACUCACAAGCUCCCAUGAAGCCUAACGGGGAUUAACGCGACUCGGGCGCUAUGGCCACCGCGAUGCCGAGCGGGCAAUCACGUGGGAGGAGCUUGGCCCCGAGAUCUGCUUCUGCGGCCAAUGCCUGAGCUGGAAAUUGUCUGCCGGCAUUUCAUUGCUGUCUGUACGGGUAGAAAAUAUACAAUAUGGAAAAGGGUCUUUGGUGUCUGAUUG